AGAGAGGAGGUGGUGUGAUCGAAAAAUUAUUCAAUCUCUCGGUCUCGGGGCUUCUCUCUAAAAUGGCGCAGCAAACAUCAUCACGGCCAUGGUUUCUGGAAUUGGUGCCUCUAAUGGUUCUCUUUCUGAUUGCUGCUCACGUCUUGGCUUUGGUUUACUGGAUUUACAGGUUAGCUACUGAGAAACAACCUCAGCGAAGAAAGGCACACUAGAAAACAUUUCAAUUUUCGGAUGUACACUGAGGCAGUUUAACAGUGGAUUUGAUUGGAUACAAUGACAAAAUGUUAUGUAUAUACAAGAUUGUUUGUAAGAUGCUGCAUUUACGCAUUCAUUAGUUUCAAUUCUUUUUCCACAGAAGAUGCGAUAUGUGGGCCUUUGCCUCCAUGAUGUUCCCCGGAAGUUUUAAGCUUUGCUUCGUUUAAUCAGAUUGGACCUGGCCUUUCUUUUUUGGGGCUUGGCCAGAGUACGGUGCUGAGGCAGGGCAGGCUUUAUAUUUGAAUAUUUUGAAAGUACUUUUAGUCUGGUGGGAUCAGGCUUUGGAGAAAUUAAAAUUUGGUUUCAAGAUGAUGUGAUCUUUGGAUGUAGAAAUUUUCUUGCAUAACUUAUUUUUUUUUUCGCUCUUAUUGCUAUUAUUAUUUGUGGCAAAAAUCAAAUUUGAUGACAUUGAAAUCAAAUGAUGAGCAAACUGUAGGUUAUGAAAUCUCAUUUCAGAAAUUCAACUCA